AUGGUCGGAAACCCUUAUAUCGGUGCAAGAUAUCGGCAAAUACCCUCGCAUCCCACCUUACCCCUCCCAGCACAUAAAGGUCUCGUGGGCCUUGCAUGUCCUGAGUGCCCUGCUCCACACGCUCGCUCGCUGGUUUAUCUUUCCGACAACGAAGAAAAAGAUACUGUUAAUGUAAAAUGCCCAAACACUACGCAUUAUUACCGUACUUUCAAGCUCAAUCAACUGAUACACAAAAUUGGAUGCAUCAACGCUGGGGCACCUUACCCCAUAUCUUUUGAUCUUUCAGCCUACGGACCCCCAGUGAACAUCCGUGGCUUACCAGUGGCCCCUCGCACCAGCCCUAACGAGAGCCAGUCAAAGACUUUCAAACAACCCAAACGAGCCGGCCCAGGCCUCGAAUGUACUCGCCCAACCAUAGGACCCACAGCUAAUAAACAUAAGAAGGCCGGGCAUGCCGGAUUCAUUGACACGCCACCGGUAGUUCCUCGGUCCACCUUCACAUCCGCCAAGUUCGACGAAAUGCCCGUGGUGCCCAAGCGUCCAAAGGUCCUUCCGGCUCAGUGUGCGCAGAGCAUUGGCAGAGUCGGACGUGUUCUCACCGAUGAUGGCAUGCUUGUUCUGACCGCGGCUCGUCUCAAACACGCGGAGGCUGGUACCGAUAGUCCCGUGAUUUCUCACUUUUUUGAGGAGUGGCCUGUGGCCAUUCUCAAUAGCUGUCAGUCUCUGCUACGUGAGGCUCAAGCGGCGGCUGGAACAAAUUGGAAGGGUCAGCUGCUAGUAUGGGAAGAGUCAAUUCACAAAUGGCGGGAGAUCCCAGUAAAUCUUCCUCAUCGCUACACCCAAACCUCGAGGAACCUGGUCUUGUGCGUACCCAACCAGCGUGCCUACCUCACCGACGAGGUCCGUGAUGUCCUUGAAGGACUUGGCAUGGGGAAACCGGUGGUUCCCAGAAGUUCGACACCCUCCGGACCCGCUGCCCCAGCGAGUGUCGUACAGGUGACCAGCACUACCAACAGGUCGGAUGGUGAUCCUCCAGAUCCAGAACCACGAUCAACAUCAUACACCCCUCCAUCUGGCCAGGCGCCAGUCAAUCUGGAACUUGACUCUGACACCGUUCCGCCCAAACAGCUAGAGCCACCACAACCUGCACCCAUGCCAUCAACCCCGGAAUCCCUUCACAAUUUCGACGACUUAUAUUCUCAUUUGGACCCGGCAUUAUUUGGUCAAGUCGACAAGGAGGUCGAAGGGUACAUCAUCUCGCCCUCACACUUCAUGCCACAACAAACACAAGGUGCCGCGUUGAAAGAGUGGCCUGGUGAAGAUACUUUGGUAUCUUCACUGCUUGCUUGGUACACGUCAGCCGGGGUUCCACCGCGGCGCAAGGCUCGUAUAUCCCUAUGGAUCAAGCAAUACGGAAGCAACUACACGUUUCACGACAAAACUGUCUAUCGCUAUGCAGCCUGGGUUGAUUUAGUUGGACUAGAACGGAUGCAGGCCUGGGUCAAUCAAUGGCCAGAAGCGGGUACAAUCACCAGCGACAGUAUCACCGUGGCAUGGACCCGGAGGAAUUUUCAGAAGGAAUUCAACAUGGACCUCGGUUGGAAGGCACUGCCUUUUGACCAACCGGAGGACAAUCUCGUUUCAACCAACAACAAAGACAAAGCUGGCUUGAGAUCCAACCGGGUCUUUGGCCUCGCGGAACGAGGCGGUAUCACCCGGCGGACCCCAGACGCCUUGAAGUACAAAUGGGCUUGUACUUCUUUCAACAUCGAUGUCGACCAAAACAACCAUCGCUUCUCAUGGGACGGCCGUUACACAUACCCUGCAGUGUGGCACAAGGGAGCCAACAACAUACCAUUAGAUGCCUGUGCCCUCCAUCCUAGAAAGGAUAACAUCCACAAUCAUAUGCGAUUUGCACAGAUGUACGCUCACGCGGAAUGCCUCCUCCAAAAGUUCAUACCAGCCCUUUUCGAACAAGUCGAAUUCACCGGAGCACUAUCUCGUGUGCUUUGUCAUUUGCAUAUCGUCCAGAACUUUAUUUUGUUCAAUGCCAAAGGUUCGAACAUUAGCUCCACACGGUGGUUCAAUCUCCGUGAGAAGGUAGAAAGUACUCCUGCUUUCAUAACUUCUGAUUUCCAGUUUGGCCCUCUACAUCGGGCUCCAAACUAUCUCGGGCGAUUCUUUGAAUGCUUCACGCACUGGACAUACGAGUAUCAUCACCACCAAGCCCUAAUCUACGGGUUCCGUGGUGAUGGGUCCGUCAUUACUGAUUUAGCUAUGGAGGAUAAUACGCGCGAUUGGUUUCUACAGAAUCCUUCAACAGCUGGCUUGCAAGUAUUUGCGUCCACACACGAAUGCAACCACUUUUGUCGUAGCUUAGGGAUGACCCCACCACCUCCUUACUAUCCGGUUGAAUCUCCACCUGUUAACCCGGAGGAUUGA